CCCUCUCUCUGCGUGUCGGUGUAUGUGUGUGUGUUAUUCCUUCCUCGGUGACGGAAGUGAUGUGUGUCAGAAGAACACGAGUUGUCGUGCGGGCGGUGUGAUGCGGCCCGCCUUGAGGUUGGCGAUGUCCUCGGGGGUAAGCUCCGUCAGCAGCAAACGGUACUUGUUCACAAGACGCAUCACCUGUAGGUGAGUGACGCACACACCACCACACACAGGGAUGUGCACACGAUUGGUUGGUUGACGGACGGCAGGUCAGUCAUCUCAUCUCAUCGAACCCACCCACCCAUAUUUCGAUGAGGACGAAGAGGAAGUAGAGGAGGGCGGUGAGCCAGCCGCCACUGUAGUUCGCAAUCAACAGGAUGGCUGACAGACAGACAGACAGACCCACCUCGACUCGAGAGCUGCUCGCUUGGCAUGGCGUGUGCGCGUUUGUGUGCGUCUGUCUGUUUCGUAGAUGCCAUGCAUACCGACAGCUAUCCUUGCCGCGAUAGAAAAGCAAAGGUACCCCAGGUAGCCCCACACCUGCGGAGCACACAGAUACACAGAUACACACACACACAGGGACAGCGAAUGAGCGGCCAUCCAUCCAUCCAUCCAUCCAUUGUGUGUUUGUGGACUGCGUACGAAGAUGCGGUUAUAUGUCCACCCCGCGAUGAGACCGCACAGAGCAAAGGGAGUCAGCAAAAGAAACCUUCAAACACACACACACACAAACACGGAGAGAGAGAGAGGGUGACAGACACUCCCUCGUCUCGUUUGUUGCCUUACACCUGUCCUGUGUUGGCCAACCCAAUACAGACUCACUCACCAUCUGAAGCUUCGGUUCAUGGCCCAGGUGACGCAUAUCAGCAAAUCCAACACGCUCAGACACAUAACCGUCCUGCUCAGCUGAUACGCCAACAACACCUUGCCCUCAGCUGAAUGAAUGAACACACGCACACACACACACACACACACACACAUGUGGUUGGCUCUCGGUUUGUUCUCGCCUUCCCCCGCCCACCAGGUGUGAGCGCAGAGACGGCAAUGACGCCCAUGGUGCCCGGCGGCCCGCCAUAGUUGCCCAUGGCCAUGCCCGUUGGCCCGAACCCCACUGGCUGCCCCACCACUGUCGGCUGAGGGCCGCCAGUCAUCGCUGUGGGAGCAGACGAACCCGGCCUGCGGGCACGUCAUGACAGAGAGAGAAGAGAUGAUGACAAUACGCGUGUGCGCGUGUGCGCGUGUGCGUGUAGGUGUGAGAGAUGGCUGCUUACAUGUGUCCCAUGGCUAUGCCUCCGGCUGAGGGGACGUGUUGGUGUCUGUCUGUCGCCACGCCCAUGAACUCCUCCUGCUGGAGAUGACGCGCCUGACAUUCACGCGCACACACACACACAAAUGUUGUCAUGCGUGUCAUGAGAUGGAGUGUUCCGUGCUCUAUGCGUGUAUGUGUGUGCGUGUGUCUGUCUGUGGCGUACCAGCUCCUCAUCGUUGUAUUGGUUCGCGUUGGUCUGUUGGUUUGUCGUUGUGUCCGUCGUCGAAGGCGGAUCUGUCAUCGCCGAUGCUGAUAAUCAACUGCAGUCAGGGGACUCACUGGACGCGAUUCAACUGCGCCACGUUCCUCUCCCGUCCGUGUAGCACGAACGAC